AUGAGUGGUACCACGGGCCAGUUGAUCUCUGUUCAUCCCGACGAGCUCAAGUUCCAGUUUGAGCUGGAGAAACAAAGUUAUUGUGAUCUUAAAGUUGUGAACAACACAGAAAACCAUGUUGCUUUCAAGGUCAAAACUACUUCUCCGAAGAAGUACUUUGUACGACCAAACACCAGUGUUAUACAACCUUGGGACUCAUGUGUCAUAAGAGUCACCCUUCAAGCUCAACAAGAGUACCCCCCAGAUAUGCAAUGCAAAGAUAAAUUUCUGAUACAAAGCACCACAGUGCCUCCUCAUACUGAUGUUGAUGAACUUCCACAAGAUAUUUUUACUAAGGACAGUGGAAGAACAAUAGAGGAGUGCAAGCUUAGAGUUGUGUACAUCUCUCCUCAUGCAGCUCCUGGAACUUCAGGAGAGGGCUUCAAACAGAGCUUUGAUACUAGCUCCAUGGACCAUCCCACAAGUUCUGAGGAUAAUCAGGCUCUGCAGCACCUCAAGGGUGAAAGAGAUGCAGCUAUCCGACUGACACAGCAGUUGCAACAGGAUCUGGAAAUGCUGAAGGGACGAAGGAGCCGAAAAAGGGAUUCAGGCUUCUCCUUCACAUUCACAUUUUUCGUGGGACUCAUUGGAAUUAUGGUCGGGGUCCUCUUAAACCUGUUGCUGUCUUCGCCUUCUGCAGUUUAA